UAAACGGGCCACCAACAAAAACCAAACAAAGUUUGGAUCCAAAUUAAAUAUCAAAUUUCCCACUCAAGGCAUCCCUGAAGGACAAUAUUGGGAGCUAUGUCGCUGGCUAACCCCGUGGAGCUGGCGGUAGCCCCCCUGUCACACUGCCAAAACCACCAGGAAGCCGCCCUCUGUCGUGUUUGCAAUGUGCCAUCCUCCAGUUGCCUACCGCUCUUCCGUCAGCACCUUAUUGCCGGAAAAGUCACAACUCUGGCCAAGGUUUUGAGCUACUGCACCGGCCUGGAGAUCCUCGAGAAGGAGCACUUCCUGCCCCAGCACAUAUGCCCCGGCUGCAUGGUGAAAAUGCAGGCUUCGCUGCAGUUCAAGCGAAGUGUUCACCGCAUGGAUAAGCAGCUAAGGCAGCGCCAGUUGGAUUUAAGCCAGGGAAAAGGGAAAGAGGAAAUGCUCAGCGAGGAGUACAUCUUUGUGCUGGACGAGCAGCACCUUGAAAUGGAGCAAGGGCACCCGAUAGAGGUCGAAGUGGAGAUAUGCAGGAAGCAGGAAGGACAGCCAAUGUCAACCCAAAUGGAAGGAGAAGAACUGGCCAAGAACUGGACAAAGAUUACCGAAAAACACCAUGUAGAGGCUGAAUUAUUGGAAGAGGAACUCUAUGAGAUUGUCGAGGAGCCAGCGGAAGAGUCACUUGAGGUGUCCUCGGAGCUCCCAAAGCCACCAAAGAAAGCCAUAAGCAGGAAGCAAUGCAGGAAACCUCAAACCCCCAGCCUGCAGUGUCAGAUCUGCGACAAGCAGCUGAGCACCAGCAACUCCUUCAAGUACCACAUGCAGCUGCAUGGCACUGCCACGCCCUACGUUUGCCGCAUUUGCGGCGAAUCCUUUAAGACGCGCAACGCCCACGAUGGCCAUGUGACGCUACAUGAUCCAAACAAUCCGAAUCGUUGCUCCACCUGCGGCAAGGUUUACCGUCAGGCAUCAUCGCUCCGCACUCACCUGCUCACCCACAGCGGCAUCAAGCCCUUCGAGUGCACCGUUUGCGGGAAGCGACUGACCCAGCGGUCGGGCUACAAGAAGCACAUGCUCACCCACACGGGCGAGAAGCCGCAUGGCUGUGAUAUCUGCGGCCGGAGUUUCCGGUACUCGAGCAACCUGAUUGCCCACAAGCGCUGCCACAGCCAGGAGAAGCCGCAUCAGUGCCAGGUGUGUCACAAGCGCAGCUUUGGCAGCACCUCGGAGCUGAAUCGCCACAUGCUUGUCCACAGCAGUGCCCGGCCGUUUGCCUGCGGCGAGUGCGGCAAAUCCUUUAAGCGGCAGGUUUCGCUCGGCUUGCACCAGCAGUUGCAUAAGGAGGGGCGAAAUAGGUGCGGCAAGGUGGUGGCUCAGGCGGAGGAGGGUCAAGCAGAGAGCUGAGCUGAGAGAGGAGUAUCUAGUGUAUCUAAUUUAAUUAUAAAAAUGUUGGUUAUUUAGUUUUACGCAGUUGGUAAUUUAAUUUCUUGAGAGAAAAUAUAAACGUUUAUCGAUAUUUUCGAUAUUUAAAUCUCCGAUAAUUUCAUAUACAUUUCUAACUAUGCCAAAAAUGAACUAGAGU